GACCGCUGGAACGACUUAUACCAGAAAAGGAAAACCGAAUUGAUCACAUCGGUCGUUUCAUCUGUCUGUAAUACUCUAACUAACUUCUUUCAACAACUCAACUAGAGCCCCAUUUCCUCUGACGAUUCAGCGGGGAUAAUCAUACGUUUCGCUGGACAGCUCGCUUAUACGCUAGUUCCGCUACAAAAACGCCUCGCUCAACCACACACCCAUGAUUUAUUAAGUUUUGAUCGCUAAUGGCACAAUUAAGCGUACAGCUGCCUGGUUUGUAUUAAUGCUUUAUAAUCAAUUAUCUGAUCAUGAUCGUUUUACAAAUGGUCAAACACAUUGAUUGAGUGAUGAUGCCUGUGCAAGAAUUCAACACAGAAGGACCGUUAUCCCGCAUCUGCAUGUGGAGCGGCGUUGGAUGUGUGGCAGCGGAACAUUAUCGCGUCAUUCCGGAUUCAUCAAGUUGUUUACAAAAUAUUCUGGUUGCAUAACAACCUUCCCAGGAUUGGAAGAUUAAAAUUCAUUGUGUGCUACUGCUGACAUCGUAAAAUGUAAAAGCCGCAACACAAAAGAUUGUGCUAGAUAGAUGCGACGGCCAGCUACGGUGGCUGACCUUUCCCUAAAAUGGCUUAUCUGUACGAAGAUGCGCCACUGGCCACGCCAGAAUCCGUUUCCGGAAUGUAUCCGACCACUUUCGCCCAACCAAUUGGAGCUCGAACGAAGCGCUCAGCAGCCAAGCGGACGUUGGCCUGCUUCAAAGUGUUUAAAGCAAUUCUUGCACGGGCCAUUUUUGCUGUACAUGGAUUCGUGGCAAUAUGGCGGGUAACUGUGAUAAAAAAGAAUAACAAAUAUUAUUACCUCUGCGGAACAUUAGGAUGCUUAUUUUUGGAGACCAUCCUAUCCGUCUGCAUCAGACAAGGCGAAGAGCUAAAAUGGUUUUCGCCAAGCGUUUUUUUCUAUCUGGCCACCGUCUGCCCAUCGGUAUGGAUAAUGGAAUUACAUCGUGCCCAUGAGGCUGCAGCUGGCAUAUUGGAUGUUACUAACGAGACUAAGCGGACCAGCGUCAUGUCAGCCUCCAACACGGAACUCACUCGACUUCCGAUUGACGUCACUUCACUCUCGGAGAGCGACUGGCUCAAGAUAUUUGAACAGGCACUUAUGGUCAUCCUCAUCGUGGGUCGUUGGCUGCUGCCAAAGGGAGAACUGACACGUGAUCAGCUAUCACAGCUCCUUCUCGUCUACAUUGGCAUGGCAGCGGAUAUCAUCGAAAUCUUCGAAGCCUUUCGGGAGCCAAAGGUCAUCCAGAUUAUAGAGCUGGUGUACACAACGCUGGCAUUGUGGACAUGGAGCUUGAUGCAGUUUACUUUGGUACUGACCGCGACAAAGGCCCGCAGGCCUCGUGUACCGGCCAACUCUUUACCGAACCCAGCGGAACUGGAGGAGAUUCUCGAAGAAGACAGUGGUGGACCGUGCUCCUGUUGCUGGUGGUGUUCAGCUGACAUUUGGGGCAUUUUGACCACGCUGAUCCUUCAAGAUGGACCUUUCCUGUGCUUGCGGCUCACGUUUCUUUUCAAAUACAACGUUGUCUCUUACUCCAAUGUAUUUUUUACGAUUAAGAAUAGUUUGGUUAUUGUGCUACAAGUCUACAGGACCGUUGUCUUGCUACACUACAGCAAGCAAAGGAAAAAGGAUCUUGACUAUCACUCCCGCAACGGUCAGUGGAUGAAGCCGUCGAAAAGCUUUCCGGAACGUCUGGCUACUCACCGCAGCUUCGACACAAUUAGCGCGUAAUUACAUACAAUUCAUUAUUUAUAUUUAAGGUGAUCAAUUUGUGAUACUGUGUUUGAUGCUGACUCUGAAAUCUGCCAUGUAUCUGCUUACAUUCACAUCUUCGUACCCCGAAAUUCACGUUUUUGAUAAAUGCUGAU